AUGCCGCCCAAGGAGAUGCCCCCGCACAUUAUCGAGCGCACCCCCGAGUACGAAGAGUUCAUUGAGAAACUACGAAAAUUCCACGCCGAGCGUGGCACCAGCUUCGACCCGGAGCCCAAGGUCGGCACAACCCAUCUCGACCUCCUCAGGGUAUUCAAACACAUUGUCAAGAAUGGCGGUUAUGACAAGGUUUCGGAUGAAAAGCUCGCCUGGCGCCGAAUGGCGUCGGAGCUCUACCUAUACACUAACAACGAGGCUGCGACGGCGUUUGGCCUGAAGGAGAAGUUUUACAAGAACCUCGCGGCGUACGAAAUCAAGACAAUCCACGGCAAGGAGCCUCCUCCGAAAGAGAUACUCGAGGAUGUCACGGCAAAAGGCUCAGGCUUGCUGAAGAGGACCCGGGAAAACUUCCUCAAGGCUACGAGAAACUUGUCGACACUCCCGGAUCAUCUGCUCGUGCCUCUCGCGGUCUUCGCGAAGCGCCUCCCCAACGAGUCAUUUUCCAACCCGAUACCGGUCCCUCGCGACAAAUACGACAUGCGCCCAGCCAACCUUCUACCCCCAGCAUGGUACCCCCAGCACCCCCAGGCCCAGGGCCACCUCAACCAGACACCUAGUCACCACCCUCAGUCCCGUGGCGCUCCAUCGGGAGCCUACAACCCGAACCAUGGCACGGUUUCGUCCGUGAUCACAAGCUACAACCCACGCACAUUGACGUCAAUCCCUCUCCGGCCUGUUGACACACCGGGGAAUAAUGCUGUUGCGUUUUCGCGAGCCAAGAUCAUCCACAAGAUCCGCCAAAUCCAAGCGGGUCGCCUGCCCCGCGUGCCCCCUGGCUCGUACGAGGGCGCAAACAUUUACGUUCGGUGCCUAAGCGCCCUAAGAUCUUCUAACCCUGAUGAAAGGACAUACGCGCUCCACCACUGGGUCAGGAUCUCAUUCGAGCGCGGAGAGAAAUUCCGAUUCGAAGUCUUCCCCGGUCUUGACGAGGGGCUGGUUGAGGCAGCCCUCCGGGUGGCGAGCCUAUUUUACGAUGUAGAGUGGAAAAUCUCGUGGGAUCCCGCGGCGGCGCUUGAGCCGGAUGAGCUGGACGGAGUCAACGGCACUUCGGAUAUUCUCGAGCGCAUCAAGGCCCUUACGCCCAAGAUUGUGUUGGACAGCAUCCAGACCGAGAAGUUUGGUAACGAAAUGCUGAGCGUCACCGAGGCGAUUCUGACCAUCCGGAACAUGGUGACACUACCCGAGAACGCGGCCCACAUCGCCAACUUCCCUCCCAUCAAGGAUCUCAUCUGCAUCAUUCUCAGCCUCCCUAGUCGCGAUAUCGUGAUCGAGGCCAAGCACUACUCGCUCGAUAUCGCCGAGCACAUCACACCCUAUCUGACUCUAGAUUCGGACGACCCGCUUUACCUUACCCUUCUCCAACAGAUGGACUCGGACGACCGCGGCAUUAUUCUAACGGGCCUCCGGGCCCUCGGACGCAUCUCGAUGAACCUGGACGCGGCGAACCGUCUAGGGUACGUGCCGCCUUCCGUCCUCCAGAAUAUCGCAAACUGGAUUCUCCUCAACGACGACGAGUUUACGGAUGCGUGCCUUGACUUCCUGUACCAGUACACCGCCGUGGUGAAGAACGUGGACUCCCUCCUGGGCGCCAUUUCGCCCGAAAACCUAGUGUACCACCUCGCACGACUGCUAUCACACGGCGCGCGGAGGGUGCAAAAGGAGAUUAUCCUCACGCCGGAAAAGAAGCUGCCCGUCACGGACGAGAUCGCGCCGAUGCCGCUCCAGCUUAGAGACGAACUCCUGAAGCUGAAGGAGCCGGACAGGGUCCAUCGUUGGGUCAAGUGCUUCUUCGAUCACGACCCUGAGUCGUUCGUCACGCAGAUUGCGGCGUGGCAGGCGUACAACGGCUCCUUCGCCGAGGUUCUCAAGGCGACCGGCCAGCCGCCGACGUCGCCCGCCGACUUCAUCCGCAGCUGCUCGCAAAUCUACCAGAACUCGGCGCCGCAGGUCCUCACGCGCGGGGACGCGCAGCAAAAGUUCAUCAUCGGGUCGAUCCGGGCGCGGGAGAACCCCUCAGCAUAG